GCUGCUAACUGCUAUGUUAUCAAACAGGCUGCUUAGCCAACACACUGUUGCUAUUGGUAGAUAAAUGUAGCAGCGUUGUGACAGGGAGUCUGACAACACAUGGAAUAUCGAGUGAACAUGCGGACAUGUGACUGCGUGUAGGAAAACCUGAAGAUGGACAAGGAGAGCAAACUGUCAUCUGCUGUCCAGUCUCAUGACAACAAGCAUCCGAGGAGGCAGGGAAAGGAGCCUGCUGAGACACACAUGAUGAUGUUCCCAAAUCCUUAUGUGUCCGACGAGAGUUUAAGAGGGAGCCGGUCAUCAGGUCUGAGCGCAAAGCAGAGUUCAUCAAAUGGAGUGACAGCAGGAAGAGGAGAUGUGUCAAGGAGUCAUGGCUACAGCAACAGCCGUCGUGUUAGAGACACCACUGAUGAUUUUCUGCAGAGAGACAGGUUUACACGGGAUCCGCAAGGAAAGACAUCAAAAGGAAGCAGUGGCUCUCUGGUGCAAGGGGGAGUCAUGAGCAAAAUCUUAUGGGAUUCACAGAAAAAAGGUUUUAGAGGUGCCAGAUCUGCCCCAAACUCUGCAGGCAAGUCAAAACCAGCACAGGAAGGCUUGAUCCCAUUUGAAGUGAAGAUGACUGAUUUCCCAGAGUUGGCUGGUGGUUCCCUGGGCAGAGCUGGUCCUCCUCUUGUUCAGAGGGAGUGCUGGGGUCCAACUCAAACGCAAGGGUCGGCAUCUUCCUGGAGGUCUGUCAGCAGAGGAUCCCCAACACAGCCUGACCCCCAACAAACUGCCAGUAACGCUAAGUCAGAUUCCUCCACUGCUUCACCAGGUCAGUCGGUGGUUACUUCCUGGGCUAAUGUUGCCUCCCAGCCUCCAAAGAAACCUGUCCCGAAAGAGAAGACAAUCAGCAGCAACCACAUGCAGGCGGAGGAAAUGGCAGCUCAGCAAGAUGAGGGAGCUCCAGGGAAGAAGAAACGAAAGAAAAAGAAGAAGAAAGCUAAAAGUGCUGGCGAGGAUGCAGAAGCUGAGUCAGAGGAGCCAGUACUUUACCAGGAGCCUCCAAAAUUUGAGGAUGAAGAAGAGUUUCCAGGCUUGACUCCUGCUGUGACUGUGACUGACAGAUUGAUAACAAGCAGCUAUGCAGCAAAACUAUGCAAACAGGAAAACCAAAGAGAAGGUGUGCAGCAUCAGUCUGCCGACCAAACCAAGGACAGAUCAUCUGCUGCAAAAUCUCAGCCUGCAGAGGCAGCGAAAAUAGGACAGAAAGCUGAAAAGGUGUCUGGGAAGAAGAGCAAAGCUCCUGUUCAGCUGGACAUCGGAAACAUGUUGGCUGCCCUGGAAAAGAAGCAAUCUCAAAAAGCCAAGCAGGACGCCAAGCCAGUCAUUCUCUCAGUUGGUGGAGGACUACCUGUUGUCCAGAAGCAGCCAUUAGUCCAGAAGAAGCCUCCCUGGCAGCAGGAUAAAAUUGCUCACAACCCCCUGGACUCCACCAGCCCUUUGGUGAAGAAAGGCAAGCAGAGAGAGGUACCCAAAGCCAAGAAACCCACUCCUCUCAAGAAGGUCAUUCUGAAAGAAAGGGAGGAGAGGAAACAGAGACGUCUGCUGGAGGAGAGAGGGCUGCUGCCUGAAGAUGAGUUCAAACCUGCAGCUGAUGAUGCAGAAGAAGAAGAAGAGCAGUGUGACACAAAUACUGCAGCCCCAGAUGAGGUUGGAAGUCCCACAGAGGAACUUGAUGAGUCAGAAUUUAAUGGCACAAACGAGAUCGUGAAAGAGGGAGAUGAGGAGGCAGACAAAGACGAGAACAUAGAGCAAGAAACCACCUCGCCUGUGCCCUGCCCAGCCAGUCGACCCAAAAUCCACAGCAGAAAGUUUAGAGACUAUUGCAGCCAGAUGCUGAGCAAAGAUGUGGACGAGUGUGUGAAGGCUCUGCUGAAGGAGCUGGUCCGUUUUCAGGACCGCCUGUAUCAGAAGGACCCCAUGAAGGCGCGCAUGAAAAGACGCAUUGUGAUGGGGCUCAGAGAGGUCCUGAAGCACCUCAAACUCAGGAAGGUCAAGUGUGUCGUCAUCUCACCCAACUGUGAACGCAUCCAGUCCAAAGGAGGCCUGGAUGAGGCUCUAUACACCAUCAUCGACACAUGUCGUGAGCAGGGGGUGCCGUUCGUGUUUGCCCUCUCCAGGAAAGCUUUGGGUCGCUGUCUCAACAAGGCAGUGCCAGUCAGCCUGGUGGGCAUCUUCAACUAUGAUGGCGCACAGGACUUCUAUCAUAAGAUGAUCGAGUUGUCUUCUGAGGCCAGGAGAGCUUAUGAGGAGAUGGUGUCGAGCCUGGAGCAGACAGGCCCGGCGGAGGCAGAGGAGGAGGGGAACACUGAGGAGGAGCUGCAGAUCAGUAGCCUGGCUGAGGAGGCUCAUCCCGAACCUGACGCUACACAGCCAGAGGAACCAGAGUACAUUAAAAUUUGGAAGCAAAUGUUGGAGAAGGAUUACAACCACAAAUUUCUGAACUUUGAGGAGCAGCUGAGCUCCAUGCGCUUGGACAGUGAAUGUACUGAAAACACUGAUGAAGAUGAGAAGAGUUGACAGUGGUGAAUCCCUUUGUGCCUAAAAACAAUGUUAACCCACUCGUGCUGAAACUAGGAUGGACUUGAUCCCACAUGCAGAAAAAGAGCAAUGGAAGGUGCUCUGCUGCAGCGGUUCUUAACCUGGGGGUUUUGGCAGGAGAUAAUCUUGUUGCUAAUGUUUGAAAUGAAUUAUGAAUUCAUUUAUUUUCUUUUUGAAAAAAGUCAUAUUUUUGUGUUUGAGUUUAAGAUAAUUGGGCAGAGCUGUGUGCUUUAAGACUGUAUGUGGGUUACAAUCUGGAGAGGUUUAAUCACUGACUCAUUAGGACCAAAUCACUCACUUGAAGAAAUCCCACAAUAUAAACUUUCAAUCAUGAUGUCUGUGAACAUGAGUAGAGGAUGUGUAGGGGGUUUAUGUACUGAAUGUGUGUAGAUUAGAAUAACAGCAGUGAUAUGAAAUUAUCAGGAGUGACGUCUGCCCUGGAGCCAUUAUGUUGCUUUUUUUUCUUGUAAUCAGUUCUGUUCAGGUCAAAGUAUGUUACCAGCAUUUUUGUCUUUUUAUUGACACAGACAUUAGAGAGAUGUCAGGAAAUGCAGGGAGAGAAAAGGUGAAUCACAACUUCCCAGCCAAACUCAACCUACAGGCAUUGCAGUUACAUGGUCAGUGUCUUAAUAUGGGCUCAAAUGAGAUCCAGUAUGGUUUUAAGCUUGUGAAAUGAUGGUUGUUAUCACCCUUUUUAAAACUGGGGAAACUCUGCGUGAGAAAUUCAAGUUUGUGAACGUAGAAAACAUUUUAUUUUAUUGUGUUUUUGAGAAACUCAAAGCUUCCACAUUGCAUGACACUGUAGUUACAAUCUGUACAGAAACACCAUGCUUUAGGCUGUUAAAGCAAGGCCAAACAUUUGUACCCUUUAACUUAAGGCUGUGCCCCAAUUCCAUACCGAUUGCAAACAGCAUAUACUUUAUAUUAUUUUUAUUUUCUUGCUGUUCGCAUACAAGAAAACAACACACUAAAUUUAUACAAACAGGAAAUUAUACAAUACUUGUGCCAUUGUUCACAGUGCAACUUUAAAAAUGCCAUUACUGACUUUAAGAUGUCCUAUGUGCAUUUCAUUGGGUUUUGGGGCGAUAGUGUACAUCAACAUGGAUUCGUUACUUUAGUGUUGCACAUAGUUUGGGAAGUUUGAGUGCUGAGUUUCUCACAGAGUUUGCUUUUGAAUCUAUAUUGAGAUGUAAACCAAGUAUUUUUCCUAAGUGUUGAUGUGACCUUACUGUUGAUAUAAUUCGUGCACAGAUGUAUUUACACAUUCUCAAGAGAUUUUUCUACAACUACAGAUCUUGCCGACAUAUUCAUGUUUUUGCUUGCUUACAAAGAGUGAUAUACAAGCACAGACUUCAGAAUUAUUUCUGAGCAUAAUUUCACGAACACAAAAUCUUAUCGACUCUUAUUUGAGCCCACUGUCUUAAACCCUCCUAGGACACCAUGGCAAGCCUAGGUUCAGUUUAGAGUUAAAAAAUGGAGAUACACCCAUGGUGAGGAAAUUAAACUAUGAAAUAGCAUAAUGAUAUAACAGGAGAAAUUAUGGUAUCUAAAGUGCUAGGUGUCAAUCAUGCGUUAAAAGAGCCAAUAAAGGACAAAAUUUGAAAUGGGCAAAAUAAAUGACCAGAACUGAGAUUGUAAAGCAGAGAAGACAUUUGAUUGUGACUAUUAAGACUCGAGAAAUUGCUCAUAUAAACAUUUCAGUUGUGGAACAGUGAUGUUA